AUUUAAUGACAUGAAAUAAAAAAAAACUUCAAAAUUCCGUAUUUUCUAUUAAUUUCCUUUAUAGUAGAUUUUCUUUUAAAAAAUAAAUCUGAGAAAUGGAGUUGGGUUUGAUUCCCAUAAUAGAAGUAUUGAUGAUAGUGGGGUUAAUUUGGUUAGUAAAUAUGGUGGUGAGAAGAGUAAAUAGUUGGGUUUAUGAAUCAAAACUUGGAGAAAUAAGGAAGAAUUUGCCACCAGGUGAUCUGGGUUUGCCAUUUAUAGGAAAUAUGUGGUGUUUUCUCAGAGCUUUCAAGUCUGCUAAUCCUGAUUCCUUCCUUAACUCUUACUUCACCAGGUUUGGUAAAACAGGAAUUUACAAGGCAUUUAUGUUUGGUAGUCCAAGUGUAAUUGUUACUACAGCUGAAACAUGCAGAAAAGUGUUAAAUGAUGAUGAACAUUUCAAGCCUGGUUGGCCUGUUUCGACUAUAAAGUUGAUUGGUAGGAAAUCCUUCGUUUCCAUUCCCUACGAGGAGCAUAAACGUCUAAGGAGGUUAACUUCUGCUCCCAUCAAUGGACAUGAAGCAUUAUCAGAAUACAUGACAUAUAUAGAAGACAUUGUCAAUAUUGCUCUCGACAAAUGGAGUAAAAUGGGAGAAAUUGAGUUUCUGACACAGCUUCGCAAGUUAACUUUCAGGAUAAUUAUGUAUAUCUUUUUGAGCUCAGAGAGUGAACCUGUAAUGGAGGCCUUAGAAAGAGAGUAUACAACACUCAACUAUGGUGUUAGAGCUAUGGCAAUCAAUCUCCCGGGAUUUGCUUACCAUGAAGCACUUAAGGCUCGAAAGAGACUUGUGGCGGUGUUUCAGUCUAUAAUAGAUGAACGAAGGGUACUGAAAAGGGACAGAGUCGCUAUCAAGGCCAAGAAGGAUAUGAUGGAUGCUUUGCUCGAGGUUGAAGAUGAGAAUGGAAGAAGAUUGACUGAUGAGGAGAUUAUUGAUCUUUUAGUCAUGUACUUGAAUGCUGGACAUGAAUCCUCUGGUCAUACCUUGGCGUGGGCUACUGUCUUGUUGCAGAAACACCCUGAAUUUCUGCAGAAAGCCAAGGUUGAGCAAGAAGAGAUUGUGAAAAAAAGGCCAGCAGGACAGAAAGGACUGACACUGAAAGAAAUCAGAGAAAUGACUUAUCUUUCUCAGGUAGUAGAUGAAACUCUUCGGUGGGUGACAUUCUCACUUGUAGUCUUUCGAGAGGCACUAUCAGAUGUCACAAUAAACGGUUAUACAAUUCCUAAAGGAUGGAAAGUGUUGGUUUGGUUUAGAACUUGUCACUUGGAUCCUGAAAACUGGCCUGACCCUAUGAAGUUCAACCCUUCUAGAUGGGAUGACCUUAUCCCUAAAGCAGGGUCUUUUCUUCCCUUUGGUGCUGGGAGCAGACUUUGUCCUGGAAAUGAUCUCGCCAAGCUAGAAAUAUCCAUUUUUCUACACUACUUUCUCCUUAAUUACAGGCUGGAAUUAGUAAAUCCCGACUGUGCUGUGCAAUACUUACCGCAUAGAAGACCAAAAGACAACUGCUUGGCAAAAGUCAGAAGGAUCUAAGCUUUGACACCGUCACUUUGCAGAUAAUAAGCAGUGAUUUGUAACAUAAAUGAGACACCCUACAUGAAUGAAUCACACAGGGCUCAGCUUUUAACAUUCAGUGUAUUGGUAAAAACAAAUACAUUCUGGUGGAGGAAUGAUCUUAUGACUAUUUGUUGAUUAUAAAGCAACGGGCAACUAUUCCAACUUGAAAUAGUUACGGGGUACUAUUUUGUGGGAGUUCUCUUAAUUAUUCCA